AUGACUUCCCCUUCUCCAACUUCGAAUUCGUUCAAUAAUUCAAUCGAUAAUGUAACAACGGAAAGUUACCGGAUCGGAUAUACUAUGCUGUGUGAUACUGCUGUGUCGACUUAUAUUCCAGCACUUAGUUCUUGGACAACUUUCACUCCGGCAACAUGUUCGUAUAAUAGAUCUCUCACUGCUGCUGCUUCUGCGACUUCUCCAUUGUCUAUCACUGCCACAGAAAUUACAACUCCAUCGCCUCAAGAAACACCUUUAAGUGAUGUAUCCACCGUCACCGAAUUCAGUAGCACCAUGUCAACUACGACCGUCACCGGUAGUCUGAGUACAAGUUCCCAAACGAGCAAUGCGCCAAAAGAGACCUUUGGGUUUGAAAUGUCUGGCUUCACGAGUCUGGCUUGGAUACUUUACUUCAGCUACAAAUUCCUUCAUCGAUGA